CUUUGCGAUGGCGCGCACGAAGCAGACGGCGCGUAAGUCGACGGGCGGGAAGGCGCCCCGCAAGCAGCUGGCCACCAAGGCUGCCCGCAAGAGCGCGCCGGCCACGGGCGGCGUCAAGAAGCCGCACCGCUACCGGCCCGGCACGGUGGCGCUGCGCGAGAUCCGGCGCUACCAGAAGUCCACGGAGCUGCUGAUCCGCAAGCUGCCCUUCCAGCGCCUGGUGCGCGAGAUCGCGCAGGACUUCAAGACCGACCUGCGCUUCCAGAGCUCGGCCGUCAUGGCGCUGCAGGAGGCCAGCGAGGCCUACCUGGUGGGGCUCUUCGAGGACACCAACCUGUGCGCCAUCCACGCCAAGCGCGUCACCAUCAUGCCCAAGGACAUCCAGCUGGCCCGCCGCAUCCGCGGAGAGCGCGCAUAAGUUUUCUGCUUCAGGCUACAGAAACCCAAAGGCUCUUUUAAGAGCCACCACAUACACAUCAAAAAGAGCUGCAGCGCUGCUUUAUACUUUCUAUCAAGUUUCACUUGGGUGAUUUACUAAAUAGUGAAGUCAAGGUGCUUUGUGAAAGCUAAAACGGGCGCGGAAACAAAUCGAGUGAGAGAAAUGUGGGAUGAAUUUAUAUAUUAAGGGAGGAUGAUUAGUGAGCCUCAGACAGGAGGGAGUGGUUUACAUCCCUGUGACUGGUGAUUGUGACGCAGCUUUGAGGAGGAAAGGGGAUGGAGGCGACUGACAGGGGUAUUACUGUGUGUGGAGUGGAUCCAUGCUCAGGAAAUCACCUUAAACUGGCUGGCUGGUUCAAGGCAGGAACAAAAAAUCCCUGUGUUACUGUCAAACCUAGCUAACACAGAUUGCCUUAAGGGGGCUGCCACCUUGCUGCAGCAAUCCUUAACGCCAGGAACAGGAAUAUCCUAAUACGUCAAUUUUGAUAUCUCAGAUUUGAUAUACAUUGUUUUAUCUGGUCUCAAAGCGAUGGACAGCCAUGCCAAUGGCACGGGGUGCAUGAGGCUUCUUGCACCACAGAAAAGGAACUGGAAAGGGCAAAAAACUGAUUGAAAAGUACUGAAGAGAGGAAUAACUUAGCAAACUUCCAGAUUUCUUGACAUAAUAAUACAAAACUCGGGGAGGAAAGGUUGUGGGUAGGU